UGGCCCAGUGCCACUGUGUCUGGAGGCUCAGAGAGAAGCUAUGACAUCACCACCCUGUUUGGUGAUAGCAGCUACAGCAUCAGAGUCAGUGCAAUGAAUGCUGCCGGGUCUGCAAUCAGUGACCCACUAGUUAUAUCUACUGCUGAAGCAGGUCCCACAGCUCCACCUGCUAGUCUUUCCUCAUCCAGUGUCACUCCAAGCAGUUUCAGUAUUCAGUGGGAGAGGGUGCCUUGUAUCCACCGCAAUGGCUAUAUCACUGGCUACUCUGGUACAGGGGAAUGGGAGCAUGCGAUGAUAGAUGUCAAUGGUCCUGAUGUCCUGACCACUGAUAUCUCUGGACUGGUGUCUGACACAAUGUAUCUGGUGCAAGUUGCAGGAGUCAAUGGGCAGGGGACUGGGGUGUAUCGAGAUCUCACUGCUACCACACCUCAAACUGUAUACCUCAACUUUGGUGGGAUGAACCUCCCAACGAAUGGGUUUGGUGAACAUCAGUCAACUGGGCAACUCCACUGAUACCGGGUUGGUCUGCAGCACUGACCAAUCCAUGGAUGGGACACCCACAGGUGGAUGGUUUAACCCUGACGGAACAAUGCAGCAGCUCUGAGGGGUUCUUUGUCAGUGAUGGCUCAGACGGGGUGUACCCGUUGAGAGGCUCAGAGAUAUCAGUGGAGGGGAUCUACACCUGCAGUGCCACCGACAGCUAUGGGAACUCUUCGAACUGUGUUUGUCGGUCUCUACAAUGAGCAGGGAGGUGAGGUGGAUAUUGAUGGGGUAUGAUGGCUGUUUAGGGCCAUCCAUUUCCAUCUAACUUUCUGCCAUUUCCAUUCAACUUCCAUUUCCAUUCCACUUCCAUUUCCCCAUUAUAGAUUUCCAUUUCCAUUCUGGUCACGUGGUUUCUGCGCAUGCGUUUUGUGUGGUUCGACUGUACUGAACCUUCUCUACGAACAUAGUUCAUAGAACAUAGAAGAGCUU